AUGUUGGAUACUGACGAAGUGCUUGUUGCCGCCAGAAAGGCCAAAGAAGCCGGGAGCACCAGAUUCUGCAUGGGAGCUGCAUGGCGUGACCUGAGCGGUCGAAAAUCCAAUUUUAAAAAAAUUCUGAAUUAUGUGAAAGAGAUCAGGUCCAUGGAUAUGGAAGUCUGUUGUACGCUGGGAAUGUUGAAUGAGGACCAAGCAAAAGCAUUAAAGGAAGCAGGAUUAACAGCGUAUAAUCAUAAUCUAGAUACUUCACGAGAGUUCUAUCCUAAGAUCAUAACCACCCGAUCGUAUGAUGAACGUCUCGAAACAAUUUCAAAUGUUCAAAACGCGGGUAUCUCCGUAUGCUCCGGAGGUAUCAUAGGAUUGGGUGAAAAUUCGGAAGAUCGCGUAGGUAUGUUGCAUACUUUGGCCACAUUAUCUCAGCAUCCCGAGAGUGUACCCAUCAACGCACUCGUGCAAGUUGAAGGCACUCCAUUGGAAAAACAAGAGGCUUUAUGUUUCUUGGCCGGGGCCAACUCCAUCUUUACCGGUGAUAAACUGUUGACGACUGAUAACAAUGAUUUCAAUGAGGAUCAGGAAAUGUUUAAGAUUCUAGGACUUAUUCCGAAAACGGCAAACUUUGAUCAACCAUCUCCGUUGCACCAGUAA